GGCGCUGUUAAGGGAUUAGUUAAACUUCUGGAAGUUUCAUCGCGUGCGUCAAAAUUUGGUUAAGUUCUCAAUCCUCAAAUUGAAUUAUUUUUUAAUAAUAUAUCAACAAAGUAACCAUGGUUUCUUUAAACCCCGUCAGGGUGCUGAAACAUGAAGCCGAAGAGGAAAAAGGAGAAAUUGCACGUCUCUCAAGUUUCGUGGGGGCUAUCGCUAUAGGAGAGUUGGUUAAAAGCACUUUGGGGCCAAAAGGGAUGGAUAAAAUCCUCGUUUCCUUUGGGAGAAGUGCUGGAAGUGUCGAAAUUACAAACGAUGGGGCUACAAUAUUAAAAUCUGUGGGCGUUGAUAACCCAGCUGCAAAGAUUUUAGUUGAUAUGUCAAAAGUUCAAGAUGAUGAAGUUGGGGAUGGAACCACUUCUGUUACAGUAUUAGCUUCCGAAUUAUUAAAAGAAGCGGAACGAAUGGUAGAUCAAAAAAUUCAUCCACAAACGAUAAUAUCCGGUUGGCGUAAAGCAACGGAUAUCGCGAGGAAUGCUCUUUUAGAAGCUUCAAGAGAUAAUAGUAAUAAUUUGGAGGCGUUUCGUGAAGAUCUGAUGAAUAUAGCGCGUACAACGUUAAGUUCGAAAAUUUUGUCUCAACACAAAGAACAUUUUGCUAAAUUAGCUGUUGACGCGAUUUUGCGUUUAAAAGGAUCCGGCGAUUUAGCAGCCAUCCAAUUGAUUAAGAAAAGAGGGGGAACCUUAGAAGAUUCAUUUCUAGACGAUGGUUUCUUAUUAGAUAAAAAACCUGGGGUGCAUCAACCUAAACGGGUUGAAAAUGCGAAAAUUUUAAUCGCAAAUACCCCAAUGGAUACCGAUAAAAUUAAAGUGUUUGGAUCUCAUAUUAAAGUUGAUUCAAUGGCGAAAAUAGCCGAGUUAGAAGUAGCGGAAAAAGAAAAAAUGAAAGAUAAAGUUAGUAAAAUCCUUAAACAUAAUUGUAACGUUUUUAUCAAUCGUCAACUCAUCUAUAACUACCCUGAACAAUUAUUUGCUGAUGCUGGAGUUAUGGCUAUCGAACAUGCCGAUUUCGAUGGAAUCGAACGUUUAGCUUUGGUUACUGGAGGCGAAAUCGUUUCAACUUUUGAUAACCCCGAUUUAGUUAAAUUGGGAACUUGUGAGGUUAUCGAACAGGUUAUGAUUGGGGAAGAUAUUCUGUUACGAUUUGGGGGUGUUGCUUUGGGCGAAGCUUGUACUGUUGUUAUCCGCGGGGCUACACAACAAAUUAUUGACGAAGCUGAUAGAUCUUUACAUGACGCUUUAUGCGUUUUGGCUGCUACAGUUAAAGAGAGUAGGAUUGUUUAUGGUGGUGGAUCUAGCGAAAUGUUGAUGGCUGUUGCUGUUUAUGAAGCAGCUGCUAAAACUCCUGGUAAAGAAUCUGUAGCUAUGGAAGCUUUUGCUAGAGCUUUACAACAAUUACCUACAAUUAUUGCUGAUAAUGCAGGUUACGACUCAGCCCAAUUAGUAAGCGAAUUAAGAGCUGCUCACGCUUUGGGAAAACGUACAUUUGGUUUAAAUAUGGAUAAAGGAGUUGUCGGAGAUAUGAAAGAAUUAGGAAUAACUGAAUCUUUUGUUGUUAAACGUCAAGUACUUUUAUCGGCAAGCGAAGCUGCCGAAAUGAUUCUUCGUGUUGAUAAUAUCAUCAAAGCCGCACCUAGGAAGCGAGUCGAAGAUAGAGGACAUUGUUAGAUUAACUUUAACUGAUAGAUUUCGCGAUUUAACUUCGAUUACUUGUGCUUAUUUAAAAAUUAUUUUUCAUUAAUUAAUGUUUGUUCACCAAGAUUAA